AUGAGCCAACGUUCUUCGGCUGGUUCGUCAGGGUUACCGUCCAGAAGUUCUCAGGUUGGAGUUCCAUGUAGAUGCUGGUGUGGUGGAGAGAUUAGAACCUACACCUCAAAGAUGGAAGAGAAUCCCUGUAGAAGAUUUUACAGAUGUGUUGUUGGUGUGAAGGAGAAGAAGGAAAAACACAUGUUCCGUUGGGUUGAUGAUGCUGUACUAGAGGAGAUUAGGAUGGUUGAAAGCAAACAAAACCAACUCUUAGAGGAUCUAAAAAAGAUGGUACCAAACAAUGUGGAGCUCCAAAAGGAGAUGGUGAAGGAGAUGGAAGAAAAGAUGGAGAAGCAUAUGAUUGAGAUCAUCAGGUAA